AUGGCGGACCCGGACAACCGGGCUAUGAUGCAUGCCCAAGAGCUCCGGCUUCUUUUUAAUUGGGAGCCAUACUACAGAUUCGUUGGCCUUAUAGCCUCAGGUGCUUUUGGCUCUGCGUGUCGUAUACAGUAUCUCGACCCUGUGACGUUGCGAAUACACGACUUUUUGGUAAAAAGAGCCUUUGAUGAGCAUGGCCCAUUAGACGCCCUUAACACUGAGCGGCAUUACCUCGCAAGAUUGCGUGGAGCUAUGCAUAUUGUGCAGACCGUCCAGGAUCCAGGUGCCGUUAUAGACGCGAGUGAGUUUGCGGUUAAUGUUCUGUAUCUAGAGUGGUUAGAGCAUGGCACCCUAAGAAACUUCAUCUCCAAGCUCGAUAGGCGACAGAUAACGCGGCUGCCUAACCGUUUACUAUGGAGAUUUUUCUUAUGCAUGAUCCGAGCUUGCAUUGCCAUGGCUUGGCCGCCCCCAGAACAAGAUAUUGCGGAUACAUCGGUUGCCCUCGAAAUGGCACAAGACACGGAGCCAACAAAUAUAGCACACGGCGACCUUCAUGGUGACAAUGUUCUUCUGGGACCCGUCCUCGAUGACGAAGAGCACAGAAUCACACCGAUUCUGAAGGUCAUCGACUUUGGCAUUACUGGAGAAUGGGGGAAAGACGAUCCUGGGUCUAGCAUUGAGCCGGGCGUGGAAAACAAUAUCUGGAAUAUCGGAAAGCUCAUGAUGGCGUUGAUCACCGUCGAUGUGAGGAUUAUAGUGGGAGACAGAGGCGAGGCGGUAUUCAACGCGUACCCCGGCGCGCCCGAGACGCGGACGGAUGCCAACAGUCUGGUCCGGCACCCCAGGACCGGCGUCGACAACGACCUGGUCAUCCUCAUCUACCGCUGCAUGGCCACCGACAUCAAGGACCGUCCCAGCCUCCAGGAGCUGCAGGAAGCGCUGACCGCGGCCGUGGUCAACAAGACCGCGGCGUACUACGGGAAGCCGGAGGAGGAGGACGAGGCGAUCAUGUCGUUCUGGAAGGAUCUCCUCCUCAAUGCCGACUCGGACUCUGAUGGGCUGAGCGAUUCUGUUCCUAGUUCGCUUCUCAAUGAUUUCACUAAUGUAGUCUAA